UAAAUGUAGUCUGGGGCCGUGCAGUGUAUCCACACUCAAAUAAGUGACUCGCGGUACCGCGGUAUCACAAAAGAAAAGCAAAAAAAAAAAGGUGUUGACGAUCAAGUGAGUUGGCAAAAACCUCUUGAAUUAUAUUUUUAUUCAAAUAACACGAAUGUUAUUUGGGAAAUUGAUUGGUAAAAGAGUUAUUCGUCUUGCUGUGUCACGUAUUGAUUUAAUUCAACGUUAUUGUUAUACAAAUUCAAAAGUGCUUGAUAAUAAUACUACAAUGGCUACUGAAAAAACUCCGUUCAGCCGGCUUCCAACAAAUAUUCGUCCAUUUCACUAUGAAAUUACAUUAAGACCUGAUCUUAAAACCUUGACAUUUGAGGGUACACAAAAUGUCGAAAUUGAGGUCAUUGAAUCAACUGAUACUGUUGUAUUAAAUUCAUUGGAUCUUGAUAUUAAAACAGUUUGUUUUCAAAAUAAAAAUGGUAAAAAAUUGGAAGUUCAAAAAAUUGAUCAUUCUAUUGAAAAUGAGACAGCAACUUUAAAAUUUGGUGAAAAAUUACCAACUGGAAAAGAUGGAAGACUUUUUUUUGAUUUUGUUGGUGAAAUUAAUAACAAGAUGAAAGGUUUUUAUCGAAGCAAAUAUACUGGAGAGGAUGGUUCAGUCAAAUAUGCUGCUGUAACCCAAUUCGAAGCAACUGAUGCAAGACGUUGCUUUCCCUGCUGGGAUGAGCCGUCAAUCAAGGCCACAUUUGGUAUUACACUUAAUGUACCAGCUGGUAUCACCGCACUUUCAAACAUGCCAGUUGAAACAGUAGAAAAAAAAUCAUCAACGGAAACAAUUAAAUUUGAAAAAUCAAAAAUAAUGUCAACAUAUUUAGUUGCUGUUGUUGUUGGUGAAUUUGAUUAUCUUGAAGAUAAAACAAUUGAUGGUACUGUUGUUCGUGUGUAUACACCAAAAAAAAAACAAGAACAAGGCCGUUUUGCAUUGGAAGUUGCAACAAAAGUAUUACCAUAUUAUAACAAGUAUUUUGGAAUUUCUUAUCCAUUACCAAAAAUGGAUCUGAUUGCAAUUGCUGAUUUUUCAGCUGGUGCUAUGGAAAAUUGGGGCUUAGUUACUUACCGAGAAACUUGUCUUCUUGUCGACCCUGAAAAUACUUCAGCAGUAUCGAAACAAUGGAUUGCACUUGUUGUUGCUCAUGAACUGGCUCAUCAAUGGUUUGGAAAUUUGGUUACAAUGGAAUGGUGGACACAUCUAUGGUUAAACGAAGGCUAUGCAUCAUUUGUUGAAUUUCUUUGUAUUGCACAUUUAUUCCCUGAAUGGGACAUAUGGACACAAUUCGUAACAGAUACAUAUAUUAAAGCACUGGAACUUGAUGGUUUAAAAAAUAGUCAUCCAAUCGAAGUACCAGUUGGCCAUCCAUCUGAAAUUGAUGAAAUAUUCGACGAUAUAUCAUAUAAUAAAGGUGCAUCAGUAAUACGUAUGUUACAUUCAUAUAUUGGUGAUGAUGAUUUUCGUAAAGGUAUGAGCUUAUAUCUUAAACGUCAUAGUUAUGCUAAUGCUGAAACUGAAGAUUUAUGGGCAGCACUUGAAGAAGCAAGUAAUAAACCAAUACGUGCCGUUAUGUCAACAUGGACAAAGAAAAUGGGUUUCCCAGUAUUACGCAUUGAACAAAAACAAAAAGGUAAUGAUCGUAUCUUAUCAUUAUCACAAGAAAGAUUUUUGUCUGAUGGUAGUGUCGAUAAAGAUAAUAAUUUAUGGAUGAUACCAAUAAGUGUAUCAACAUCAAAGUCACCAAAAGAUAUAUCUUUAUCAAUUGUUAUGAGUGAAAAAACACAAGAAAUAAUUAUAAAUAAUGUUGAUGUUAAUGAUUGGAUUAAAGUUAAUCCAGGUACAAUUGGUUUUUACCGUACAAGUUAUAGCCCAGAAGCAUUAUCAUUAAUAAUGCCAGCAAUAAAAGAUAAAUCGUUGCCACCAUUGGAUAGACUAGGUUUACUUGAUGAUUUGUCAGCAAUGGUACAAGCUGGACAUGUAUCAACAGUUGAAGUAUUACGUUUAAUGCAAGCAUUUCAAUAUGAAGAUAAUUAUACUGUUUGGUCAAGUAUUGUUAGUAGUUUGGGUAAAAUAAGUAUAUUAAUUGGACACUUGGACAUUGAUGAUAAUUUCAAAUCAUUUGGUAGAAGUUUAUUAAAAGAUAUAGCAACAAAACUUGGUUGGGAAGCAAAACCAAAUGAAAGUCAUUUAGAUAAAUUACUAAGAUCAUUAGUAUUAGGAAAAAUGGCUGCAUUAAAAGACAAAGAUACAAUUGAAGAAUCUAAAAAACGUUUUAAACAACAUGUUAAUGGUGAAAAUAUAUUAUCAGCUGAUUUAAGAUCAGCUGUUUAUCGUGCUGUACUUGCUGAUGGUGAUGAAAAAACAUUUAAUAUUAUGCUUGAUCUUUAUCGUAAAUCAGAUUUACAUGAAGAAAAAGAUAGAAUAUUACGUUCACUUGGUUCAGUCAAAAAUGAAGAUUUAUUAAACAAAGUUAUGGAAUUUUCAAUGAGUGAUGAAGUACGUGCACAAGAUACUGUAUUUGCAAUAAUGUCUGUUGCUGUUAAUAGUAAAGGACGUUUACCAGCAUGGGAAUUUUUCAAAACAAAUUGGAAAAUAUUAUUGAAUCGUUAUGAUGGUGGAUUUUUAUUAUCACGAUUGGUUAAAUCUACAACUGAAAAUUUUGUAACUGAAGAUAAAGCUAGUGAAGUCGAACAAUUUUUCAAAGAACAUCCAAUACCUGGUACUGAAAGAACAAUUCAACAAGCUGUAGAAAGUAUAAGAAUGCACGCUGCUUGGCUUGCUAGAGAUCAAGCUGCUAUUGAAAACUUCCUCAAAACGAGUGGAUAUUAAAAAAUGUUUUUUAAUGUUAAAAUUGCAAAAGUAAAAAAAACAACAAAAAAAAUAUAUAACAAACGAUUAAACUUUUGUGUUCUUUGGUGCUCUCCUUGGAAUGUAAUCUGAUUAAUUUUUUUUUUUUUUUUUUUUUUAUUAUGAAACGUUUAUUUGAGUGUUUAGCAAUUUCCAGAGAUUUUCGUAAAAUAAAAGAAUAAUAAUUAAUAAUAACAAACCAAUAAUGUUCAUUCACCGACUUUGUAUACUUUAUGAUUUUUCAAAUAUACGUACUUAAUAUUAUAUCAAUGUUUUAUGGUAUUUUUACUCGUUAUAUGUAUUUUUAAAUUUUUUUAAAUGAAACUACUACCAGAAAAAUUUCUCCGUCAUUAAUUUUAUGCCAUUAGAAGCUUUCUGGCAAUUUGUCAAAAAAGAAAAAUGCCGGAAAAAGUAUUUUUAUCAGGGAAAUAAAUAAAAUAAAGAAAUGAUUAUUACAAAGAUAUCAAUUUAAUAUUGAUGAAAAUUAAUAAUAACAAACGCAACAUCAACAGUAAGCAUUCUAAGCUAUUGAAUACCAUGAAAUCAAUAUUUAGUACCGAAGAAAAAACAUUUUAGUUGAUCUGAAAACCUAAGAAUUGAUUAUUUCAUGUUUGUGGGGGUUUGAAGGUAUUUUUCAGUAUUUUUGGGAAUAUUUGAAUUAGCACAUUAUUCCAAGAAUUAACAAAUAAUUAGGUAAAAUUAAUUGAAGCAAUUU